UAUAUUCCAACCUCACAAUUACACCUCUCUGCUGAUUACCAAAUUCCGCGACGAACAGUCAUCGUCAUCAUCUUUACAACGUAUCACAGACUCGCAAUAACAUCUAUCAAACCCCCAGCAAAGAAUAAGCACUACACCUCUUCUACAACACUCACAGAAAGAGUCGUGUUUUUAAGAAAAGAAAAGAAAAAAAAACCCAGGUUUUCUUUCCCCCAGCGAUCCAGAAUUCUCACUCAAACAACGAGCUACAUACCUAGGUACAUAUCAUACAUGAAACGUCCAUCCAAUCCGAACCCAACGGAGCACCAUCCAUCCAUCCAUCCAUCCAUCCAUAUAUAUCCCCGCACGCCCUCCCUCCCCCCACAACCACCCAAAGAAAUAUCAAUCGCGUCAUCAUACCUAACCCUCCCCCAAAACCCGCACACCCCUAACAAUAGAAAAAAGAGCGCACCACCUCCUUCCUCUCUCUCCUCUCGCAAAAUCUCCAAAUCCACACACAAAAAAAUAAAUAGAAAUUUUAAACUAGCAAGAAGAGAAGAGAGGAAAAUGGGCGCAGCAUUAAGCCAAUCCUUCUUCCUCCCCUCCCCUCCCCUCACCGCCUCCACAUGUCCCGACCAAACAGGCAGAGUAUGGAUAGUUACAGGCGGAUACUCCGGCAUCGGCCUCGAGCUGUGCCGCAUCGUGUACGCGCGCAACGCAACCGUGUAUAUAGCCGGACGCUCGCGGACGGCAGCAGCGACCGCAAUCCGCGAGAUUGAACGGUCAGCGGCGGACAGCCAAGGAAAACUGUGGUUUUUGGAGAUGGAUUACAUGGACAUGGGGAGUGUGCGGGGUGGGGUUGACGAGUUUUUGGGGAGGGAAGAGAGGUUGGAUGUGCUUGUUAAUAAUGCUGGGAUCAUGCUAAAAUCCCACCCCACCCUCCCAAUCCACAACACGCACCUCCUCACAAACAUCCUCGCCCCAACGCUCCUAACAAAGCUCCUCACCCCCCUCCUAACCAGCACCGCCGCGUCGAGCCCCACAGCCAGCGUGCGCGUGCUAUGGGCCGGCUCCAUCGCCGUGCACGUCAGCGCGCCGAGACCGGGGGGCAUGAAGAUCGAUGGAUCAGGACGGCCUACACACGACGAAGAGAAUGGGGAGGAUGGGUUGCUGAGCUACGGAGCUAGUAAAGUCGGCAACGUGUUUCUGAGCCGCAAGUUUGCGGAGCGAGGGAAGAAGAAAGAUGGGGGGGUCGUGCAUGUUUGUUUUAAUCCGGGGAAUUUGUCGAGUGGGUUGCAGAGGUAUUGGGGGGGUGGGAUAUGUGGGUCAUGGUACGUACUGUCUUUUGACUAUCUCUCUCUCUCUCUGUCCUCCUUGCUUGAGGAAAUAAAUGAUGCUUUGGGUGGGUGGAGCGGUCGAUUCAAGAGGUCUGAGAAAAGUCGCUGUCGCAAAUUCUUCUUCUUUCCCGCCAGAUACGGCGCUUACACCGAGCUCUUCGCCGCGCUCAGCCCAGAAAUCACGCCCGCGAAAAGCGGCGCGUAUAUUUACCCUUGGGGCAGGUUCGGAGAUUUGCCAGCAGAUGUCGAAGAUGCGAUCAAGAGUGAGGAGGAAGGCGGGACCGGCGUUGCGGAUCGGUUUGUGGAGUGGUGUGAGAGGGAGGUGGAUAAGUAUCUGUGA